UGUUCAACAAAAACAACACAAGCCCAAUGCCAAUGGGAAUACUACAACGAAACGACAGUUAUGUGUGUAGUAAAAAAUAUCGAUGCAACACUAGGAUUAGAUUUAUCACCUGCAGAAGGCCGAUCAAAACUAAUAAUAAAAUGCAUGGAAUCGGUGUACCAAGAAAGCCGAUUACCGCGUAAUGUGUUUUCAAGACUAAAAAGUAUAAAAGAACUGAAGAUAAAUGAGUGUAAAUUACUUGAACUGAACGAUUCAAUAUUUUUUGGACUUAACUCAUUACAAAAACUUUCUAUUAACACAAAAAAUUUGGAAUGGGGUGUGUCAAAAAUAUUAAAUGUGCACCCAUAUUCGAUGAAUGGACUAAAAGAACUAGAAAUAUUAGACAUGAGUGAUAGUAAUAUAAUAUCAUUACCUGAAAACUUUUUGUGCCCAAUGACAAACUUAAAAGUGUUCAAUCUAACGAGAAAUAGAAUAAGGUCCACAAAUAGUCUUGGGCUAGUGAAUAAAACGUGCAGUAAUGCAUUAGAAAUUGAAACGUUGGACUUGAGUUUCAACGAAAUUGAAUUAAUACCCGAAAAUUGGGGCAUCUCAAAGCUACGUCGUCUGGCGCAUCUCUACCUGCAAUUCAACAAUAUCUCAAAAUUGUCGGGAGAAUCGUUUGCCGGCUUGCACUCAUUAAGUGUGCUCAAUUUGAGUUACAACUUUUUGGAUACAUUGCCAGACAAUCUGUUGGCUGGUUCACGCGAACUCCACGAGAUUCAUCUGCAAGGAAAUCAGUUGUACGAAUUGCCUCGCGGCCUGUUUCACCGACUGGAACAACUGCUUGUGCUUGAUUUGAGCAGAAAUCAAUUAUCUAGUCAUCAUGUGGAUGAAACAACGUUCGCUGGUCUGAUACGAUUGGUGAUAUUGAAUUUGGCUCACAAUGCCGUAACACGUAUCAGCGCCGGUACAUUCAAAGAAUUGUAUUUCCUUCAAAUUUUGGAUUUACGCAACAACUCAAUUGGAUUCAUUGAGGAAGGAACGUUUUUGCCUGUAUACAAUUUACACACAUUAAAUUUAGCCGAGAAUCGCCUACACACAUUAAAUGACCGCAUAUUUGCCGGAUUAUUUGUACUAGAGAAAUUAACACUGAAUAAUAAUUUAAUUACUAUAAUUGAGCCAAAUGUCUUCAAAAAUUGUUCAGAUUUGAAGGAACUCGAUUUGAGCUCGAAUCAAUUGACUGAUGUACCGGAAGCCUUGCAAGAUUUGUCUGUAUUAAAAACACUCGAUUUGGGAGAAAAUCAAAUUUCAACAUUCACCAACGGAUCAUUCAGAGGACUGAAUCAGUUGACGGGUCUCCGUCUUAUCGAUAAUCAAAUUGAAAAUAUCACAGUCGGCAUGCUUCACGAUUUGCCGCGUCUCAGUGUUCUAAAUGUGGCAAAAAAUAAAAUUCAAAACAUCGAGCACGGUGCAUUCGAUAACAACAAAAACAUCGAAGCCAUUCGUCUCGAUAACAACUACUUAUCGGAUAUUAAUGGUAUUUUUGCGGGAUUAACGUCGUUGUUAUGGUUAAAUUUGGCAGAAAAUCAUUUGACGUGGUUUGACUACGCAUUUGUGCCCACCAAUCUCAAAUGGCUCGACAUUCAUGGAAAUUACAUCGAAGCCCUCGGAAAUUACUACAAAAUGCAAGAACAAAUAAAAAUAAAGACACUCGAUGCCAGUCACAAUCGGAUGGUGGAAAUCGGUCCAAUGAACAUCCCGAAUAGCGUUGAAUUGAUUUUUAUUAAUAACAACCACAUUAAUAAAAUCCUUCCUAACACAUUCGUUGACAAAAUUAAUUUGGCACGUGUCGAUCUGUAUGCGAACGCAUUAAACAAAUUACAAUUACACCAAUUGCGUAUCGCACCCUCGCCGUCGCACAAAGCAUUGCCUGAAUUUUAUUUGGGCGGUAAUCCGUUUGAAUGCGACUGCACAAUGGAAUGGCUGCAGAGAGUUAACAAUAUGACAUCCCGCCAACAUCCGAAAAUAAUGGAUUUACCCAACAUCGAAUGCAUCAUGCCACACGCAAGAGGGGAACCAAUUCGUGCCAUAUCUAAAUUAGAACCAAAAGAUUUCUUAUGCAGUUAUGAAAAGCACUGUUUUGCUCUGUGCCAUUGCUGUGAUUUCGACGCGUGUGAUUGCAAGCAAACAUGCCCGCAUAAUUGCAGUUGUUAUCAUGAUCAAACAUGGGGCACUAAUAUAGUUGAUUGUGGAAAUCAAAAGACAUAUAACAUGCCAAAACGUAUUCCCAUGGAUGCCACUGAAGUUUAUUUGGAUGGAAAUGAUUUUCCACUGCUCGAGGCACAAGUAUUUAUUGGACGUAAAAAUUUGCGUGCACUCUAUGUAAAUGGCAGCAAUGUUGCAUCAAUACAAAAUAGAACAUUUUCUGGGCUUCCGUCCCUCGAAUUGUUACACUUGGAAGAUAAUCGCAUUCAAAAGCUGUAUGGCUACGAAUUCGAAAACAUGACGCACUUGAAAGAGCUAUAUUUGCAUAAUAAUCAUAUAACGUACAUCGAUAAUAAUACUUUUGGAUCACUAGUUUCCCUCGAAAUUAUCAGAAUUGAUGGAAACAGAUUAACAUCGUUGCCAUAUUGGCAAUUCCAAGCAACAUUUAUGCGACAACUGAAUUCCAUUUCUCUGGGAAGAAACAAUUGGAGCUGUAGAUGCCGUAAUUUACAAGAAUUGACAUCAUUUGUGGUAGAUUAUGCUGUUAUCAUACAAGAUUCGCAAGAUAUCUAUUGUGUUGAUGGUGCCGUGAACAGAGAAUUGGAUUUCAAUGUGACAUCUGUGUGCAGCGACUUUUAUGCUGGCAGUUCCGUCUUGCACUCGGCAUUGACAAACAAUUAUUUAUCAUUAUUGAUCAUUGCACUUGUGACAAUUUGUCUAUUGUUGCUCGUUGUAGUUAUGUUUGUCUUCCGAGAGCCAUUACGAGUGUGGUUAUUUGCACAUUAUGGCGUCCGUAUCUUCGGACCCCCGUGCGAAGAGUCUGAAAAAUUGUACGACGUCGUGCUCUUCCAUUCCGCAAAAGACGCUGACUUUGUGGUACGCGGCAUUGGAACUGAACUCGAAAAUGGCCGACCACCAGUCCGUCUCUGCUUGCAACAUCGCGAUGUCGCCAGCGAUGCAGCGUACCGUCAGUUACUCGAUACGGCACAAGCAUCGCGACACAUUGCCAUUUAUUUGUCGCGCAACUUCCUGCAAACCGAAUGGAGCCGCAUCGAGUUUCGACGAGCAUUCCACGAAUCAUUACGCGUCCGACCAAAUAAACUUGUUGUAAUCGAAGAGCCUGAUGUACUUUUGGAAACGGAAAUCGAUGCCGAACUACUGCCAUAUUUAAAAAUCAAAACAAUUAAUCGCAUUCGCAGAACUGAUAGAAAUUUCUACGAAAGACUACGAUACGCACUGCCCGUUCAAGUACAAUAUCGUGGAAAUAAUUACACAAUCGACCAUCACGAACACCAUGAACGUAUUAAGCAGCCAAUUAGUCCUGGCAUUAUGUACAGACAAGCGCCACCACCUGCAUAUUGCCCAGAAAUCGACGAAGCAAACUACUCAUCGGCUACAACAGCAACGCCAAGUCCUCGUCCAAAUAGACGCGCAACAAUCGAUGCCAUUCAUCGUCCACCCUCGGAGCACAUUUACUCUAGCAUCGACUCCGAUUACAGUACUUUGGAAUGUGAGAAUAUGAUGGCCGGCAUUCAUCGACCAAACUGGCGGAAUCACACACUCAACCAUCCAACGAAUCAUAUUCCACCAAACGGGCCUCCAGUUCAAGCUUACUUAGUGUAAAUAUGUUAAACUAUUUUUUCCUUAAACCCUUAUUUACCAACUAAAAUACACACGAAAGAAAUUGUAAAACAUUAAUUGCUAUAGAAAAAAGGAAAUAGAAUGACCUAAAUAUUGUAUUUAGGCUGUGCCAAAACAUUUAUUUAAAGACUGAUUUCAAAAUA